AUGCUGUCCAGGCAGCGGAAACCCCGAGAUCGACACUGCAAUCCCCACACCCAAACACUCCUAGUCCCAAUGAUCUACACAUACUUUGUCCCCAUCCGCAAAGAACCAAGCAGACUACAACGACAAGUCUGUUCUGCCUUCGAUGUCGCCUGCUGCUUCGGGCACCUUCACCUGCAAAUAUCCAAUUCAAAAUGA